GUAAAAGUAGAAACCUAUGAAACGCGCUGACACUCCGCUUGACUUUUGAGGUCUUUAGUUAAAGGUUUUUAUCUUCAGUUAAGAAUCAGCCCUCAGCUUCAUCCUCAUCUCCUCUGCCACUGAAGAUGCUCCACAGUUUAAAGCCCUGUGAGCUGCACACUGGAGGUUUCUGCUUUGAAAACAGCCGCAGGAAUGCAGUUUUGGAAUCCAGUUUGUCAGAGUUCGGCUACAAAGCUCCCGGUGCCAGAAAGACAGGGACCACCAUAGCUGGGAUUGUUUACAAGGGUGGAGUGAUCCUGGGAGCAGACACCAGGGCUACAGACGACAUGGUGGUGGCUGACAAAAACUGCAUGAAGAUUCACUACAUCGCUCCGAAGAUUUACUGCUGCGGUGCCGGCGUGGCUGCAGACGCAGAUAUCACCACACAGAUCAUGGCGUCCAACGUGGAACUGCACAUGCUCAACACCGGGCGACCCCCACUCGUCACCAUGGUAACCCGACAGCUGAAACAGAUGCUGUUCAGGUACCAAGGUCACGUCGGUUCAUCUCUGAUCAUUGGAGGAGUUGACGUGACUGGAGCUCACCUGUACAGUGUUUACCCACACGGCUCCUACGACAAACUGCCUUUCGUCACCAUGGGAUCUGGAUCUGCAGCUGCUGUCUCUGUAUUUGAGGACAGAUUCAAACCAAACAUGGAGCUGGAAGAGGCAAAGCAGCUCGUACAAGACGCCAUCACUGCAGGGAUUUUCUGUGAUCUGGGUUCAGGCAGCAACGUGGACUUGUGUGUUAUUACCGAGGCUGGAGUACAGUACCUGCGAAGCUACGACAAACCCGCAACUAAGGGCAAAAGAGAGGGACAGUACAGGUAUAAGCGUGGCACCACGGCCGUCCUCACCAAAACUGUGACCCCACUGUCUCUGGAAGUGGUUGAAGAAUCUGUUCAAAUCAUGGACACUGAAUAAAAUGCUUCUGGUGGACUUAAGUCUUUUCAGUAUGUACUAAAUAAAAAUAAAGAUGGUGUAGUCAAUGGGUUUGGAACAGGUUGUUUAGUAUCUCUAAAGCAUCAUUGUAGGAAGUAGUUUUUUAAUAAAAGUUUUUGUGUGUUAAAUGA